AUGUUUUUCGCGAGUUUGACGUAUAUCUUCACCACCAGAGAGAGAUCGAGGGACGUCCCAGCUAUGGGUGGCCACGGUCGAUGUACUACAGAAUUGCGCAGCAGUUGGCCAGACAAGACCCUGCGUACUAUCUAUGGUACGUUCUCUUGCGGCCAGAUCACUGCUGGGCGGCUAAUCAGCUACCCCUAUUACGCCAAGUACGCACGACAUGGCGAUUCUACAUGGUUUCGUCACAUCGAUAUCAACAUUUCGCAAGCGCUCGCGCGGGGCAGAGGCAUGGCCACUAUCCAGAGAUCGAUCUCGUUGGAUGAGGAGGAUACAGAUAACUGCACUCACUCAGCUGCUCCGCGGAAUGCAGAAGCAUUCUUGCGGAACGGGAGUCGCCGAAUAAGGGAACGGGGUCAGACAGGAUCUCAUGCACGUAAACUGCUACACCACCUAGUUGGGCUAAAUCAAGCAUACCAUAUCUAA